AUGUCCGGUCUCAAAUAUGUGCCUUUCUCUUCGGAGAUUGAGCUGCCGUUCUAUUCGGCCCUCUUUUCCUCUAAACUUGAACACGAUAAACUCGAUUCCUCGGCGCGGUCGGUAACAGGCCUCUAUGAACCCCGCCCGCAGGCGGGGCAAGACGCAGGCGCGAGGGUGCAGAUUCUCGGCAACGCACUCACAAACCGGGAUGUGCCUGCGGGGAUGAGCCGCGCCAAGGGCUACAUCAAGAACGUCAACACGAUCGAGGAGUUCAAGAACACCGACAAGAGUGCUAUGAUCACAGAUGCUGGUCGCCAGAUUUGGGAAGCCAUUCAAGAUGGUACAAUUUACUCGGUGCCCUCACUCCUUUCGUCAUUUGCCAUUCUUUCAUAUGCGGAUCUCAAGAAAUACCGAUUCACUUAUUGGUUUGCCUUCCCCGCACUUCACUCAGAGUCCACCUGGAAGCAACAUGGAUCAACCGGACACUUCACCUCGUCAGAAAGCACUGCCCUGGUUGAUGCGGUAGGGACCUGGCGGUAUGUCGUCAGUACAGAGGGCGAGCAUGGCUUCUUUCUUGCCAAGAAGGUUUAUGGUGCCGGCAGCCCCUCAAAGCUUCAGGCGGACGACGAGGUAGAGGAUAUUGGGUAUCACUGGCAGAUUGGGGCGCUCCGGGAUUUUGAGAACGGCUUCUUCACAGGCGUUGCUGAAAAGGACCAAUAUGUCGCCUUUGUGGAUCCAUCGAACUACGCCGAUUCGCCUUCGUGGCCGCUCCGAAAUCUCCUGGUUCUUAUCAAGCAAAGAUACCGUCUCAAUAAGGUCCAGAUUCUAUGUUACCGCGACACCCAGGCCAGGAGACACGAGGCCCGCAGCAUUGUCCUCUCACUGGCCACCGACUCUGACAGCACCGAGGUUGCCACCAAGAUGCCCAAUGUCACCGGCUGGGAGCGAGACCCGAGUGGGAAGCUUAAGGCGCGUCUGGCAAAUCUCAACGAGUACAUGGACCCCACACGCCUGGCCGACCAGGCGGUUGACCUCAACCUCAAACUCAUGAAAUGGCGUCUGGCUCCGAACCUUGACCUGGACACCAUCAAAGGCACAAAGUGUCUCUUGCUCGGCGCGGGAACCCUGGGGAGCUACGUUUCCAGGAACCUCAUGGGCUGGGGUGUGCGCAAGAUCACGUUUGUCGACUACGGUUCGGUCUCUUACUCAAAUCCUGUGCGCCAGCCGCUGUUCCUAUUUGACGACUGCGCCAAUGGAGGGAAGCCCAAGGCCCUUCGUGCGGCCGAAGCUCUUAAAGAGAUCUACCCGGGCGUGGACGCUGAGGGCCAUGUCCUCUCUGUGCCGAUGCUUGGUCAUCCCGUCUUGGACGAGCAGAAGGUAAAGGCAGAUUUCACCAAGCUACAGAAGCUUGUGGAUGAUCACGACGUCAUCUUUCUCCUCAUGGAUACCCGCGAGUCGAGGUGGCUGCCGACACUGAUGGGCAAGGCCUCGAACAAGAUCGUCAUGAACGCGGCGCUGGGGUUCGAUACAUAUGUGGUGAUGCGCCAUGGCGCAGCCCCAGAGGACGGCAGCGAGGAUACACUGGGUUGUUACUUUUGCAACGAUGUGGUCGUUGCCGCAGACUCCAUGAAAGACCAAACCCUCGACCAACAAUGCACCGUAACCCGCCCCGGCGUAGCAGCCAUCGCCUCCGCCCUCCUAGUAGAGCUCCUAACCAGCAUCCUCCAACACCCACAAAAACACAACGCGCCCGCCCCCACCCCGCACACCACCGUCGGCAGCACCCAACAACACGCCGACCGCGACCCGCCGGACCACCCACUCGGUCUCGUCCCCCACCAGAUCCGCGGCUUCCUAGCCAGCUUCCAGAACAUGGUCAUCCACGGCCGGUCGUACCCGCAGUGCAGCGCGUGCAGCCGGCCGAUUGUUUCGGCGUAUCGUGAGGAAGGGUGGGAGUUUGUGAAGAGGGCGCUGGCGAGUCGGGAUUAUGUGGCGGAGUUGAGUGGGUUGGCGGAGGUGCAGCGGAAGGCGGAGGAGGCGGCGGCGCAGGUGGAGUGGAGUGAGGAGGAGGAGGGUUUGGAGGAGGAGGGGGAGGGGGGCGCGGUAAAAAAGACACCCAAGCCUAACCCUGGCGGGAAGGGCGGGAAGGCAGGCGGCAAACAACAGGCGAAAAAAAGCGGUGUUGCCAAGGUCAAAAAGUCAAAGAGCACAGCCGACAAGAUCCAGAAGAAGUACACCGCGGGGAUGGUCGCCCGGACCGAGCAGAUGCUGGGCGAGCGCGCAGGGCACUUGGAGUUGAUCGGGAAGGGGAGGAAGAAGGGCUCGGAGAAGGAGUUCAAGGGCGGCAGCCGCAAGUUUGGUUAG